GGUCUUCUGGCUUGCACUAUCCAUCAGCCGAGAAUAAUUACUCCACCAACUCGAACAGCAUCUGCAGCAGUCUAGCCAGCGCGCAAGAUACGCUGUGGCGUGUGAAAAUGGCUGCCUCACAGCAACACUCCUCGGCGGCGGCGGCGGCUUCUGGCCAAAUCUACAUUGAACAAACGCCCGGCUCGGUGACGUAUGGCACUUGUCUGGAUCCGCUGACGCAAUGCGUCGUUGACUAUGUCGGAUAUCCGGUGCCACCGCCACCGCACAUAACGCAAGCAUCCGCCACAGCGGCAGCGGCGGCGGUGGCGGCGGCGUCUUCAUCAACGACGGUGGCAACGUCUACGCCUGGGAAUUGCGGUAGCCCACACAAUUUUUCAAAUAUCAGCAGCCACAGUAUGGGUGCGCCAGCCAGCAACAAUUUGAGCGUUGUCAGCCAAGCCGUCAUUGGGGAAAGUAGCCGGCGACAAGAGUACGCGGAUGAGCUGCAACAGUUGCAAGAACAGUACGAGCAACAGCAACAGCAGCAGCAUCAGCUACAGCGGCAGUCACCGCCACAGCCGCCACAACGUUUUGGCACACUGAAAAAAUCGCGACAGCAGCAACAGCGGAUGGAACAGCAGCUAG